CGCAGCCAGGAGCCCCAUUGCGACUGUAGAAGGUUGUGAAAGACCAGAUAAGCCACUCUGGGAAUGGGACCACAAAUCAGAAGCAAGAAGAACUUUGCCUGCUUUCGGGUGCUCACACUCCGAAGACAUAUUUUCAUCCAACGGGGAUGAACUAUUCCUCCGCAGAAUAAGCAACAGGUGUAGGACAAUCACAAAUGGGAUAAAGUUUGUUUUGGGUUCUUUAUUUUGCCAAAUAGGCAUGGUAAGUUUGUACUUAUACUUUUCUUUGAAUCGAUGGUUUAAGAAUAUAACAAUUGGCUUUUUGAAAACAUUCAUGUUUUGAACUGAGGUGUGGAGACCCGUCUGCUCUAGAAUAAAGCAACGGAAGUCUUUUGUUAGAAAGGCUGAGAUUUCUAAAGCCGCGUCUCUGGAGCCCCGUGGUGUAUGGCGCAAAAAGGCGUCGGGAGCAAGCACGGAGCUUUAUCGGUUCCCGUCCCAGGUCGCGAUGGCAAAGUGGUUCAAGGAGUUCCCCAUCAAUCUGAAGAAUGGCGCUGACAGGAUCCGCUCAGCCUCCGAGUCGGGCUCACAACCUAAAGCCACUAAAACCGGGCCUGUGGCCAGCAUCGGUACCAAAACAGCUGGCUCCAAAACGGGCCAUCGCAAAAACACAUCUGGCGACCACACGGGCGGAGGAGUCGGGUCCCUCCUGUCCGGAAGAAAUCGAAAGAACUCCGAGUUGAGUCGAAACGGAACCAUCUCCCUGAAAGAUGGGAAGGUUUGGGAGAACUUCCUGUCUGGGAAAAGUCGCAAGAACUCCAAAGCGGAGCCGGCGGUCGAGGAGCCGCACAGACCUCUGAAAAGCUCCCAGUCCGCCAACGGGUUCAUCAACCGGCUGAUCAGAGUGGACAAGCAGGACAAAACCCCCAACUUCAACAGCGCCACCAUCACCAAUCACCAAGUGGCCCCUGAAGCGGAGAAACCAGCGCAGUGCAAGUCCGAGGCGGUAAUCAUCCUUGAGGACUACGCCGACCCCUUUGACGCUCAGAAGACCCGAGAGCAAAGGGAGGCAGAGAGGGUGGGGGAGAACGAUGGGUACAUGGAGCCUUACGACGCCCAGCAAAUGAUAACCGAGAUUAGACGCCGGGGGUCCAAGGACCUGCUGAAGGUGUGUGUGGAGGCAGGCGAGGGAACGGGGGAGGACGGUCAGCCCGUCCCUUUACAGAUAUAUGACGUCCCGUACAAGGGCGGGGGUGAAGGGGACAAGGCGGCGGUCACACCGCCCGAACGGGAUUCCCGACCCCCCACUGAGUACGAGCUGCUCUGGGAGUGGAGGAAGGAGCCUGUGAUCAAAACUCUCUCAGCACAGUUUGACAGCCCUGAACACCAAACCAAAGAGGAGACUCCUCACCCCACUCUCACCCGGCAGCCCCAACAUCCGCCGGCUCAGCCUGCGCAGCAGCACCAGCACCUGAGGCAGAAAAGCUGGACGCAGAAGAUCCUGCGGUCCUCUCCCACAGCGCCGGCGCCCUCCUGCGCCCUCGACGCAGAGGCCCGCUGCGUCGACCCCUGCCUGCCCCUGGAAAAGCAGAGCUGGUACCAUGGCUGUGUGACUCGUCAGGAGGCGGAGUUUCUGCUGCAGCCCUGCAGAGAAGCCAGCUUCCUGGUCAGGAACAGCGAGUCGGACAGCAGCAAGUACUCCAUCGCCCUCAAGACGAGCCAAGGAUGCGUCCACAUCAUUGUGGCCCAGACCAAAGAGAACGGCUACACUCUGGACCAGAGCAGCUGCGUGUUCGCCAACAUCCCAGAGGUGGUGCACCACUACUGCUCCCGCCGCUUGCCUUUCGACGGCGCUGAGCACAUGACUCUGCUGCAUCCAGUGCCUCGCCCCCACUGACGGCACCCGACCCCCACCUUAGGUAUACACAAACGAACGCACCCCUCGGGUCUGUAGGGGGCUAAAUGUCUCCGAAGGUCAGUCUCAAGCUCACGUCUCUGAUAAGUGUGUAUUUCAACUGCUCCGUCUCAUUUUAGGACUUGACUGCGUGACGCCAUUUUGGUUAUUUCGGAUGACGUUGUUAUUUUCAUGAUCAGGAAACAUUUGCAGCUCCCUCUUGGUCUCAGUAGAUGCUUCCUUCUGUCUUUCUUUGAUCUUCAGCUCUGAUGCAAAACAUCCCCGCUGCUGUUUUGAAUGUGAGGCGAGGAGGCGAUUUUAAUAAUGAAAUGUGAGGUGGAUUGGGACCAAGACUCGAGCCGCGAUGUUUAAUUAUCCAGUGCGGCUCUGCGUGUGAUAUCUUUGUCAUUAUUGCUGAGGGAAAUUGCCUAUGAAGCAGAAGGGACUUCUGACUUUGUGGCCUGUGCUUUCUCUCCCCCUCUGGUGGAGGUGCUGGUACACUACAGCAACACGCCGACACGAUGAAGUCUCUUCUUCUGCCCUAAUUAACCGGGAAAAUCCAAACACAAGCAUAUUCUCACACUUAUGAGGAACAAAGAGCAGCUAUCUUAAUGUAUUCGGCUUGCGGGGUGUUUCUAAUUUAUGCUGUUAUACUUGUUGAGUGUGAAAAAAACCCCUUGAGGAGUUCCUCUGUUUUACUGUGAAGGAGGGAGUUGUUUCCACUGUGUUAUCUGCACUGUGAACAGUUCGUGAUUCACCCUGAUGCAAUGCGCUUAACGGCCUUACAAUUGUUGGGUGUUUCUCGACAAAAACUGAUACCAAACAAAGUUUUCAUCUCAAUGGCCCGGUCAAUUCUUUUUUAAGGGAAUGCUUGCGAAAGAAACCUGCUGAUUUUUUUGGGGGGUUCUUUAUUUCUACACAUCAUUUAUAGAUAUAAGUGAAUGACCAAAAAUAACAUUUUUAACUGUAGAAAGUAAUUCAGACCUGCGAUGCUGUUCUCCCUCAGGGUUUAAUGCCCCUUGGUGCUAAGAGGCAGACCACUGAAAUAGUGGUUACCAUAUUAUUUUCUCUUGAGUCUUAUUUUAUUUGUUUAGUCUAACCCAAACAUUUGGCCUGCUAUGUGUCUAUGUAAUUUAGAAAUCAUUUGGACAACUGUGAUCUGUAACAAAGCCAAGAUGACAAUAAAAUGUGGUUUAAUUAAG